UGAUGACGCAAAGGUCACAUGAUGUUGUCUCAUGCUACAACAAAUCGAAAAUAUCCGGAUUUGUCUUUUUUUUUUCCUGAGUGCCUAACACACAACCCAACCGAACCGACAGCUGCUGUCCAGCCGAAGCCUAAACAGAUAGAGGCGUCGCAUCCGACCGCUCGACGCUACUCGGUUGGCGGGUCAACCGAGUAGCUGCAGAUGGAGGUAGAGGGGAUGGAAGAUGAAGGACCGUCGUCCCAGAAUGAACUUCCAGAUCUCCGGGCAACGCAGCAGCAGCAGCCGGCGGAUCUGCAAAGCUCCACGCCUGCAGAGAACGUCUGUGUGAAUCAGAAAGCAGUGGACAAACUCACCGAGGGUUUCCUCUCCCACUACCUACCAGAUCUACAGAACUCUAAACGAGCCCUGCAGGAGCUCACACAAAAUCAGCUGAUACUGUUGGACACACUGGAUCAAGAAGUCACCAAGUUCAGAGAGUGCAACACCUUGCUGGACCUCAACUCGCUGUUUACAGAAGCCAAAAUUUACCAGAACAAGCUGGUGAACAUAAGAAAGGAGAUGAUCAUGCUUCAUGAAAAGACAACUAAACUAAAGAAAAGAGCUCUGAAGCUGCAGCAGCAGAAGCAGAAGGAGCUGCUGGAGAAGGAGCAGCAGCGUGAGCGGGAGCUGGAGAGGGAGAGGCAGCUCAUCGCCAAACCGGCUAAAAGGACGUAGAGAACCCGACGAUGUUAAAGAACCGCUCUAUGGGGCUUGCAUGUCUUACUCUGUUUACUACAUAUCUCCGAUCAAUGACACAAACCUGUAACCAUUUUCUAAAGUGCUCAUUGGAUAAUCGGACAGGCAGCGCGUGGUUUCAAUACAGAUCUUGUGAAAAACUGUGGAGGAACUUGGAGAAGCUCCUCUGCAUCCUGCUUAGAGUCAGUUUUGCAAUGGAGGGCUUUUAUUUCCAAAUUUAUCUAGACUAUAUACACACUAUAUAUGUACAUAAAUUAAGUUGUUAACAUGGCAACCUGGUGACCACGUCGUGCCACUUUAAGCUGCGGUUCUCUAAAAGUGUGCUCUUGAGAUUUUUGAUUUUACUUUCCUCGUCAUUUCCAUUUUAAACAUGUUGCAGCCGACUUCCUCUUGUUCGGCCUUGUUUGUUACAGUUCCGGUUCGUUUAGACUCGCUCUGAGUGUUCGGGCAGAUUUAGCUGUGCAUCUAUUUGCUUUAGUUGUAUGACGUGUCGAUAUAAACACUCAUAUGCCUGGCUUGAAUAGCCUGUUCUCUAAAUUUCCCCCCCUUUUUUUUUUUUAGAGACAUUUAUGGAUUCUUAAGUGAAAGUCCCUUCAUAUUCUCAAAAACCUAGAAGGAAAUGAAAAGGAAAUUCCUCAGGGAGAUUUCUGUUAUAAAAUUUGUUUGGGGUGCCAACAUUUAGGAGAAUGGUGUUUUUUAUUUCUUAAUAUAUCAGUACAUUACUGAAAGGUUGGAUGUGUCAAAAAAUAAAAAACUACAUCAUUGUGCUGCAAUGAAAGGUAGGUUUAUCUUAAUACUUUUACAGCUGUUUAUCAGUAUGGAUUCAUGUUUUGGCCUUUCUACAUUUACUAAAAAGCCUAACUUCUAUGGUAUUUUGUGGAAAAUAUUUACACUCCCUGCUGAAUUUACUGCUUCUCCAGCAAGAGAAACCAUUUUGAACAGACCAAGAAGUUUAAAUAUAAAACAGUAUUCACCGAGGUGAUUGGAAAAGUUGUCCUCCGUUCAGUUCAGACCUCCUUAAAUCUGCGGCACACUUUGGAAAAUGGUUUCCUUAAUAAAACACUUAAUGUGGUGCAUAGUAAAUAGAAAUAGUAAAAAGCUUGCAGAACCUUGAUUUCGGUUGUUCCUGUCUGAUUUAGCCAAGGACACCAUAAACCAAAGACCUGAACUACGUCAUCAAAAUGCUGUUUGACUUCUGACGAUGCGCAUGUUUGUAAAGCAGAACAAAUCAUCCUCUGACUCUUUGACAGAUAAUAAUCUAGGAGAACUUCUGCAUCUGCUGUGUUUUGUCAAAGUGUUGUUUAAUAUGCGUUGUAAUAUGGGCCGUCAGCCCCGUUAGUGUUGAAUGGAACAAAAGAAGUAUGCUGUGUAAAUCUUUUUUUCUUUCCUGCUCUAAUUCAGAUUGCGGGUUGUGUACUAUGAUAAUAGAUGGUAAAAUGUACCAAACUGUAAACGUCACUUCCAAAUCUCCGUGACAUAUAUAAUUUUUUUUGUAAAGGCCUUCUAUGCACUAGUUUUGUUUGAAAUUCUAGGGUUUGUAGAGUUGAUAAUAAAAGCAACAUAAUCACUG